UAAUGUAAUAUAAUAACAAUGAAUGAUAUGACGCAUGUGUGCCGCUUUUAUCACGUGUGCCAUGACGAGCCACGUGAUAAUACAAGGUCGAAGAUACAGUUCAGGAUGCGCUAGGUCAAAGUGAACGGAGAUGUAAUAAAACAUAAAGAAUAUCGGAAACGUGUAUAACGUAUACAAAGAUGACAGAUACUUUGCAUUUGGAUAUUUUGCCGUAUGAAGUACUAUUAACGAUCUUUGAUUACUGCGAUGCUUUCGAUCUGGUGCGACUCAGCGAGGUAUGCAAGCGAUUUUACGAGAUCGUACGCUCGGAUGCGGUCUGGAUCAAAAAGAGCAGAGGACUGCUUGUCACGAAUCAAGUAUCAGAAAGAUUUCGGAAGAGAUGUAAUCCAGUUUUGUUAUCUCCACGCUCAAUGUGGCUUGUAUCUUACAAUUGGCAAUAUGGAAGAUACGAGAGGAAAACUUUAAUAUCGAAUAAAGUAAAAGCAAUGCCAUGGCUGCAAAUGACAAAUGAUACUCUCUGGUGGAGUGGUAGUAAAUUGCUCUAUGGUGUUAAACGCAGUUCAAAAUAUUGUAAAGAUAAAGUCAACGUAGAUAUAAAAUAUAAUAAUUGCUUUUAUAAUAACAUAUGUGGAGCAGAUAUCUGUAAAUUUGUCCUUUGUGGAAAUUUUAUUAUAAGUGGUCAUAGCAAUGGUGAUAUACAAUAUUGGCUAGAUAAAUCACACAAAGGUUAUCCCUCUGUUGUAAAGAUACUUAGAUGUGUUCAUUCUUGCGAUAUUGAUGGCAUAGAUGCAACAUCACAAAAUAUCAUAUCAGGUUCGGUUGAUGGUAUGAUAAAGAUACAAAAAAAUGUAGAUAUUGAAGAAGACAACUUUGACAAAAAUGAGAUCAGUAUAGAUUUCAUGGAUAAAAUAGAUAGAGUGCAGUCACUUGUGAUUGAUCCCACAGGAACGCAAUUCGCCGUCGGCUCAUCUGGAACUACCAUCAUUCCACCACUUCAUUUAAUCAAUAUUGAAACACUUAUACGUUAUACGAUGUUCGAUGAAAAACGGUACCCAUGGAAACACGGUGCUGGAAUAUUAGACAUGGUGUGGGAUAAUCCACAGACUUUGCUAACUUGUGGUUAUGAUACAUUUGUCCGAAAAUGGGAUUUGAGAACUGAGAAAUGCGUUAGUUCAUGGGCAGAUCCAAAUGAUUCAGCAUUAUAUUGUAUUUCGUCCGAUUAUCAGUACAGUAUAAUUACAGGAACACAGCAUGCUUGUGCGGCUGUUUUAUGGGAUCAAAGGAUGUGUAAUUUCGUCCAGUUAUAUUUUAUAAAUUCACAAACAUUUCCUCUAAGAAGCCCGAUUUAUUCUCUACGAUUUGAUAGCAGUCAGCUGUAUUGUGCUCUGGAUCGUCAUUUAGUUAAAUUAAAUUUCUCAGGUCAAUCAUGCCAGAGGAAUAAUUACAAACAAUUCUUAAUUAAUUAUUGUAAUUGACUUUGAUUAUAUAUUACUUGCACAAUCUCUGAGAUAUAGAAAAUACGAAAAAUGAACUUGUUUUUCUAAGAAUUAAA